CCUUGCUGUCGCCAUGGAGACGGGCCCCGCGGCCUGACCCGCGCCGAGGAGCCUUUGGUCCAGCAGGGCCCUCCCUGAGGAAGGGGGCCCCUCAGCGCCCCCCUGAUCCCGGGCAUGAGGCGGGUGCGUGGCCGCCCGGAACCGCCACUGAGCUGGGGGGGGAAGAGAAAAGAACUGUGGGCCUUAUGAGAACAUUUUAAGAGCUACAUGAUCAGAUUAAGGGAGCCUGCACUGAGAAACUGAGGCCACCAUCUUGCGGCUGUGAUGAACAUCUGCAAUAAACCACCUAAUAAGACAGCACCAGAGAAGAGUGAUGAAGCAGCUCAUGAGGUCCAGUCCCAGCAUGCCCGGAGAAAUGGCUGGAGCUGGCCUCCACAUCCAUUCCAGUUUGUUGCUUGGCUGCUCUACAUCUUCUUUGCAGUGGUUGGCUUUGGUGUCCUUGUGCCACUCCUGCCUGCGCACUGGGUUCCUGCUGGGUAUAUUUGUCCCGGAGUGUUUUUUCUCUGCCAUCUAGUAGUUCAUCUUACAGCAGUUUCUAUUGACCCAGCUGAUGACGGUGUGCGAGAGAAGAAUUACCAGGGGCCACUCACUACUUUCAAUCGAAGCCAGCAUGCUCACGUCAUUGAAAACCGCCACUGUCACAUCUGUGAUGUCAAUGUGAGCUCCAGAUCAAAGCAUUGUGGGACCUGCAACAAGUGUGUGUGUGGAUUUGAUCAUCACUGCAUGUGGCUCAACAACUGUGUGGGAGAGAGGAACUAUUGGCUUUUUCUGAACAGCGUGAUAUCUGCCAUCCUAGGCCUUCUCCUAAUCCUACUCAUUGCUUGCUACGUUUUUGUGGAGUUCUUCCUCAACCCCAUGAGGCUACGCACAGACCAACACUUUGAAGGCCUGAAGAACCAGACGGAUGUGUGGUUUGUGUUCCUUCCUGCUGCUCCCAUUGAGACACAAGGACCUGCCAUUUUGGGUUUGACUGGGGUUCUGAUUCUCCUGGGGCUGCUGACUCUGUUCCUGUUGGGUCACCUGCUGAUCUUCCACAUUUACCUCAUGUGGCAUCGAUUGACCACCUACGAAUACAUUGUGCAGCAACGCCCCCCACAGGAGAUGAAAGAUCCUGUCAAGCAGCUAGAAUCCUGCCCUCCUCAAGUGAAGCCUAUUCAGGAAAUGCAGUUUUAUGUAGGAAGCCUUGGAUAUACCAAUCCUGAGAUCCAGGUGGAAGACUCUACAGGAUUAGCAUCUGGGAAAGACCUAACCAAGUUCUGCAUUCGCAGCGAUGGCUCAGACACCAAGCUCAUCCUCACCCCUGAGCAAUCAGAGGUGCAAGAUGGAGACCAGCCACAGAAAAAGAAGAAGAAGAAAAGGAGAAAGAAGUUGCAUAAGGUCCCCUCUUCUGUGUCAGAAGAAAGAUCCAAGAUGGCUGAUGGCCCAUGGUCCUCUCUUCCAGCUUUACAACCAGAACUUGCCAUCACAGGUGCCACCUCCUCAACAUCUUCGUCCUCCAGCCUUCGCCUUCCCAUGCCAGCUGCCCCUCCCAAAAUAGUCACACCCACAGGCAGCAACGGUCCUGUCCAGGCUGCAGGUCCUCCAGCUGACUACCAUUCCGAGUCAGCAGAGUCCAUGGAUGAGAUCCCCGUGGCUCAGACGCGUCUGGGGAGCAGUGCCCCAAGUGCAGCUUCCCAGAGCAACGCUCGGCAUCUCCCCUUCCCCACCGUCCACUCCAGAGGGGGAGGAGAGAAGCACCAGAACACCACGCACAACCCAAAAGACAAGAACUGUCAGCCACCUGCAGAGCAGCGGGUGGAAGAGCUGGAACUGUCUCCUAAGAUCCCAACCAUCUUCGUGAGCAAAAGCAGUGGGGAGCCACCUGUCCCCAAACCUUGGUCGGGUGAAACAUCAUUUGAACCCCCCCACAGAAAAUGCUCCAGUAAACGGCACGUGGAUGAUCAGGACUGCCACGUAUGGGACUCAACCACCAGUUCAACUGCAGCUUAGACAUCCUAAGAGCCAAGGCAGAAGAAGGGAUGUGUGGGCUGCUCACUCUCCAAAUAUAUUCAUGUUCAAGGAUUUAA